AUGGACAUUGUCCUCAACUGGGCCGAUUCUUAUGCAUUCGACAACAUGUAUUCAGCAAUGCCCGAGAUCCUACAGCCAUACAUCUCAGACCGUGCAUUCCUUGUGCGCCAGUGCAUUUCCUUAUUCCUUAUUGAAAUGGCUGGUGUUCAUCUUCUUUAUUUUGCACUAUCGUCCUUGUCUUACUACUUCUUCUAUGACCGUAACCUACUCAAACAUCCUAAGUUCCUCAAAAAUCAGAUUCGUAGAGAGAUUUACUUGUCUGUCACUUCCUUUCCCAUCACCUCGAUUGUUACUGUUCCAUGGUUUCUUUUCGAGGUUCGUGGUUACUCCAAACUCUAUUACAAUGUUCAAGACUACGGAUGGCCAUACUUUGCACUCUCCAUCUUCAUGUUUAUAAUGUUUACCGACUUUGGAGUCUAUUGGAUUCAUCGGCUUGAGCACCAUCCGUCAUUGUAUUGGUGGCUGCAUAAACCUCAUCAUACUUGGAAGAUCUCAACUCCGUUUGCUUCGUUUGCCUUUCAUCCUUUGGAUGGAUACUUUCAGUCACUACCUAUCCAUAUAUUUGUCUAUUUGUUUCCCAUGAACGCAUAUGCGUACUUGGUCUCUUUUGUGUUGAUUCAGAUAUGGACAGUCAGUAUUCACGAUGCAAUGUAUAUCGUGAAACAUCCUUGGAUCAACUCUGCCGCACAUCAUACAAUUCACCAUCUUGAGUUCAACUAUAACUAUGGACAAUAUUUUACGCUAUGGUAA